AGGAACAGGUGGGCGUGACCAGAGGAUUAGUGCGGAAUCAAGCUGUGUUGUUGAACUGGUUACUGUUAUAUUUAUAUAAUAUUCCCAGAAUAACGCAGUAUUGUCGCAAUGGUUUCGCACUCGCUGGCUUUACCCAUGAUCUGCUUCACCACGCUGUGGGGUCUGGUCGGGAUUGUCGCCCCGUUUUUCGUCCCGAAAGGACCAAACAGAGGGGUCAUCAUAACCAGUUUGGUGCUGACCGCCGUUUGCUGCUAUAUAUUCUGGUUAGUAGCAAUACUAGCCCAAGCAAAUCCUCUAUUCGGACCUCAGCUUAAAAAUGAGACCAUCUGGUACCUGCGGUACUUCUGGGAGUAGACGGAGGUGUCGUUUGGAAGAUUCAGAAUAUUUAUCUCAACUGGCUUUACUAUUACAGUCAAUAAUCCCACAAAACAGAGAAGGAUCUACUUCAAGGGAACAAAUCCUUGUGUUAUGAAACAAGUCUUAACAUUAAACAACAGUUACAAUGUGUUACUUAACAUAAUGCAACAUAAUGAAU